UGCAACAAAUAGCGAGGAAUAAUAGAAAGCACAAAGAAACUCUCCAAGAGAGAGAAGACGAGAGACCGUUCCGCAUCCUACUUCCUUCCACAGAGCUCCUUCGGAGGCGACAGCGCCAAACCCUACCCUACUCAUCCUCCAACGGUGAGAUUCCCCUCCCAUUCCCCAUCAUCCGGCUACUGAUUCCAAAUUAUUCUUCAUCUUUGGCUGGAGCUCGAGAUCGGCCGCAAAGAUGUCGAGAUUUGCGGCCGGAAUCCGGAUUCUUUUGGUAUUAGUUUCGACCUUUUCCCUGCUUUUGAUCCCCUCCGAACCGGCCGUCUCGAGCAUCGAUCUUGGCUCUGAAUGGAUGAAGGUGGCCGUCGUCAACCUAAAGCCCGGCCAGAGCCCCAUAUCCAUCGCCAUCAACGAGAUGUCCAAGCGGAAGUCCCCCGCUGUCGUCGCUUUCCAUGGUGGUAACCGCCUCGUCGGCGAGGAGGCCGCCGGGAUCGUCGCGCGGUACCCGGACAAGGUGUACUCCUUCGUCCGCGAUAUGAUCGGGAAGCCUUACAAGAAUGCGAAGGAUCUCACGUCUUCUCUCUACCUACCGUACGACCUCGUCGAAGACUCGAGAGGGGCCGCCGGCAUCAGGAUUGACGAUGGGGUCACCGUCUAUACCGCAGAGGAGUUGCUUGCAAUGGUCCUUAGUUAUGGGAUCACCUUAGCAGAGUCCCACGCGACGGUCCCGGUGAAGGAUGCUGUGAUUUCGGUGCCGCCGUAUUUUGGCCAGGCGGAGCGGAGGGGAAUACUUCAGGCGGCACAGCUGGCAGGAAUUAAUGUGCUCUCGCUGAUUAACGAGCACGCUGGUGCUGCUUUGCAGUACGGGAUCGAUAAGGACUUUGCGAACGAGUCACGGCAUGUUAUAUUAUAUGAUAUGGGUUCCACUAGUACUUACGCCGCUCUAGUUUACUUCUCGGCGUACAAUACAAAGGAGUUUGGGAAGACGGUAUCGGUUAACCAGUUCCAGGUAAAGGAUGUUAGAUGGGAUGCGAAACUUGGAGGUCAAGAUCUGGAAUUGCGUUUAGUGGAGUACUUUGCUGAUGAGUUCAAUAAACAAUUAGGAAAUGGGUUUGAUUUGAGGACGUCUCCUAAGGCAAUGGGUAAAUUGAAGAAACAAGUCAAGCGAACAAAAGAAAUUUUGAGUGCAAAUACAGUGGCCCCAAUUUCAGUGGAAUCUAUAUAUGAUGACCUUGAUUUCAGAAGCACUAUAUCUCGUGAAAAAUUUGAAGAACUCUGUGCAGAUUUGUGGGAGAGGGCACUUGUGCCAUUAAAAGAGGUUCUGAGAAACUCUGGAUUGAAGAUAGAUGAUAUUUAUGCUGUGGAGCUGAUCGGUGGGGCUACUCGUGUGCCAAAGUUACAGGCUAAGCUCCAGGAAUUUCUUGGCAGGAAUGACCUGGACAAGCACCUUGAUGCUGACGAAGCAAUAGUUCUUGGUGCAUCACUACAUGCUGCCAAUUUGAGUGAUGGCAUCAAGCUAAAUCGUAGGCUAGGAAUGAUUGAUGGAUCUUCUUAUGGCUUUGUGCUUCAACUAGAUGGGCCUGAUCUUUUAAAAGAUGAGAAUACUGAUGUGUUGCUUAUACCACGGAUGAAAAAAAUGCCCAUCAAGUUAUUCAGGUCUAUUAAACAUAACAAGGAUUUUGAAGCUUCACUUAGCUAUGACAAAGCAAAUGAACUGCCCCCAGGAGUUCUUUCAUCUAAGUUUGCACAAUAUUCAGUAUUGGGUUUGACUGAAACUAGUGAAAAGUAUGCUGCUCGCAACCUCUCAUCUCCCAUCAAAGCAAAUCUGCAUUUUUCUUUGAGCAGAAGUGGAGUUAUAUCUCUUGAUCGAGCAGAGGCAGUUAUUGAGAUAACAGAAUGGGUGGAAGUUCCUAGGAAAAACACUACAUUGGAAAAUAACACCACUGACAGUUUUAAUGUAUCUACUGAAACAAGUCCAGGGAAUACUUCACAAGGCAAUGCAGAAAGCUUGAGUUCUGAUGAUGAUGCUGAUAUCUCACCCAAUGCCUCUAAUGGCAAGCAAGAUAACGAUAUCAUUACAGAAAAAAUAUUGAAGAAGAAAACCUUUAGAGUACCACUAAAGGUAGUGGAGAAAUCUUCAGGGCCAGGAUCUGUUCUUUCAAAAGAUUCAUUUUCUGAAGCUAAAAUCAGAUUAGGUGCACUUGACACAAAGGAUGCUGAAAGAAGAAGAACUGCAGAGCUCAAAAAUAGCCUGGAAGAGUAUAUAUAUUCUACAAGAGAAAAGAUAGAAGAUAAUGCUGAAGUUGGGAAAGUCUCAUCUGAAGAAGAGCGCUCUUUCUUUGUAGAGAAACUUAGUGAGGUGCAAGAAUGGUUGUAUACUGAUGGUGAGGAUGCUUCAGCUAGUGAAUUUAAAGAACGACUAGAAUCACUCAAAGCCAUUGGUGACCCUAUAUUCUUCAGAUUGAACGAGUUAACGGCACGACCACUUGCUUGUGAGCAUGCUCGUCUUUACCUCAAUGACCUACAAAAGAUUGUGAAUAAUUGGGAAAUGAAUAAACCGUGGCUUCCCAAAGAUAAAACUGAAGAGGUACUGAGUGAAGCUGAAAAAUUAAGAAAUUGGCUAGAAGGAAAGGAGGAACAACAAAAGAGGACUUCCAUCUUAAGCACACCAAUCUUCGAAUCAGAAGAAGUAUACCAGAAAGUGGCCAAGCUUCAGGAUAAGGUUGCAAGUGUCAAUAGGAUUCCAAAGCCAAAACCAAAAAUUGAGAAACCUCCAAAAGAAGAACUAGUGACCCAAGAGAACAGCACAGGCACCUCAAACAAUACUUCUGGUGAGCCAACGCCUGAGGCAGGGCACACCACGCAAGAUUCUGUUGAUUCAUCCCAUGCUGGAACUGAUCAAGAAAGAGCGGCCCAUGAUGAGUUAUGAUCAUCUCGUCUCAUCACCGGCUCCAUAUCUAGAUGGAUAGCUAUUGAUUUUCAGGGAAUAUACCACAACUACAACUACAGAUGAGCUCAAAACACCAGGCAUUAUUUCUUUCUCUUCAGCAAAUAUAGGCAUUUUGGUCAUUUACAUGAAAGGUAGAUUUCUGCAGCGAGCAAUUUUGCUAGCCCAGUGUUGCUUCUACGAGCUAUAAGCUAUACUUAGGAUCAUAUUUUUGCAAUAUUUAGUUUUUUUCCCUUGCUUCAAUGGCUGCAGAGGGGCAGUGCCUUUUCAUUUGGUGGAUUAUGCUACCCCCACAAAACAGGGGAUGAUAUCUUGUAUUCUCUUAAGUAAUUGAGUGGACAUGCAAAUCCAAGAGGCUGAUGGCAUGUUGUAGAAUUUGCACUGGCUCUAAUAUGUACUUCUGUUUUAGUGAUUGUGGACUGCAACUUUGAUGAAAUGAGGAGCUUUAUGAAACAGUGAUUUAAAA